AUGACUAGGACGAAAUUGCAAGGAGAAAAACGAACCAGGAAUACACGUUCCCGACAGGCGGGGAGGGAUGAAGGCAACGUUUUGAAGGGUAGAGACGAGGCCGAAGCUUCGAGCGGUAGUGAGUUGGGUAACCGGGCCGCGGACAAGGCCGUUUUGGGCGGUGGACCUGAAAACACGGCUACCCCUACCGGUGAACAAUCAGCCGAACUCAUCGAUAAUGCAUCCCCGGGCAACCACACGGGAGCGUUAGCUGCAGAAUAUGCCGUCGGUAGCAGUCCAAUGAAGGAAGAUACAUGGUUGGCCUUUGAGGAAGCGGACAACGAUGGUUUGGGGUCCGAUACUGCCAUCGCCGCAACCGAAUAUGCUGUGGACAGCUCCCAGGGCAUAGGGACUGCACCGGCUCCACUUUUGGAAUUGGAACACCCCGCAGAGGAUAGGUCCCCGAUUGAUGAUACAGCGCGACUUGCUAUGGACUACUUUGUUGACGGAGAUCCUAUGGAGGAUGUUGAACCGGUUGCCUUUGGCAGUGCUGAGCUGACUGCAGCUUUAGCCAAGGAAUAUUCAGUCGGUGCUACUCAGGACGAUGUUCCACCGGGAUCAAGUGAUGGGGAGAUGGGUUUGGUGCACAAAGGUCUUCCUGAGGGAGAUGUUACAUUGGUCAGUGUCCGCAAGAGGUGCCGUGACGCAUUGUUGGAGUGCUACCUGCAGGAGAAACUGGCAGUUCAGGGGCUGUUGGAUUGUCGUCGCCGGCUUACAGAGUAUAUCACACUGCUCCAAGCCGAGUUGGAUAGCCAGCCGCAUAUUGUCGCAUCUUCAGAGCCUCUUUAG